GCUGGUUUGACAUUCGUUUGCGUGAGCAGUUUGUGAGGGAAUGUUAUUAGCUAGCUAGCUUUAACAACGGUCAGUAAAGUAUCGAUUUGAUUGAAGACCAAUGGAAAUGCGAAGAACAUGUCGACCAUAACUUUUCUGCCGUCACCACUCGAAUGCUUGCGGUCUCGGUUCCAUACCACCAGCACUGCAGCAGCGUGUGCCUCUUGCGAGCCCCUUCGUUGGGAGGACGGAGGCGAGCAUCCCACGUUAUUGUGCAUUAACGCCAACUACUGUACUGGAGCGCUGCCGGCUCCUGCAGAUGCAGGAAUGCCCACAUGCAGGAAUUGCAGAAUGCAAUUUCACCCUUCUCAACUGAACUGGCCCCACUGAAAUGGAAACACCCAGGACCUUGUUAAACAGGAAAUAGACCAGGUCUGUACAUCAGCCACCCUCUGUCACCCCUGCGAUCAUGGAGGCCCAAGCAGGGGAGGAGCCAGGCCCAAGUGGUUCGGCUCCUGCAUCGUCUGACUCCGCCCCCAGCCCACAUAGCGAGGCAGUGACCAAUGAGCUGCAAGAGCUGUCGCUGCAGCCCGCCCCCAACCUGCUGCCCCUGAGAGACAGGAAAAACGUGCUCCAGCUCAAACUCCAGCAGAGACGGACCCGUGAGGAGCUGGUCAGUCAGGGGAUCAUGCCACCGCUGAAAAGUCCAGCUGCCUUCCACGAACAGAGACGAAGUUUAGAGCGAGCGCGGACUGAAGACUACCUAAAGAGGAAGAUCCGAAGUCGGCCGGAGAGGUCGGAGCUGGUCAGGAUGCACAUUCUGGAGGAUCACGUGCCUGAUGGUUGUUGGCUGGCUAACCCGCUGUGUGCUGUGUGUUCAGAGACGUCGGUGGAACCCUCCCUCCAGGCAAAACAACUGCAGCUGAAGAGGGCCCGUCUGGCUGACGACCUCAACGACAAGAUCUCCCACCGGCCCGGCCCCAUGGAGCUCAUUCACAAGAACAUCCUGCCUGUACACAGCAGCAUCAAACAAGCUAUCAUAGAGACAGACUUCCCCAAGGUUGCUGGGGAGAUAUCCUCCUUUGAUGAGGACAGUAGUGAUACUCUCUCUCCUGAGCAGCCCAUUGGUCAGGAGUCUCCGCUGGGCCACGGCCCUCUGCCCUCUCCCCCCGACGUCCUAGCUUGCAACAGCACCCCCACACAGUUUCUCACUCAGGUUCCUCCACCACCUCCUCCUCUUCCUCCCUUCCAUGGGCCCUGCCAACCAGUGAAGUUGAGCAAUGGGACAGCAGUUCUGAGAACCGCCCCUGUACUGAUCAAGUCCCAGCCAAAGCCCACCUCAGAGCGCCCCCUUCAGCGAUCCAAGAAGCCCAAGGACAACAAGCCCAAGGUGAGGAAGCUGAAGUACCACCAGUACAUCCCCCCGGACCAGAAGGCCGACCACGAGCCGCCCCCUCAGCUGGACUCCACCUACGCCAAGAUCCUCCACCAGCAGCAGCUCUUUCUCCAGCUGCAGAUCCUCAACCAGCAGCAGCAACACUAUAACUACCACACCAUCCUUCCUGCACCACCCAAACCACUAACAGAUCAACCACCUCCCACCAAUGGCCCCUCUCCUUCUCCGGCCGUGCCCGCUUCCUCGACAUCCUCCUCCAGUCAAAGUGCACCAAGCCGGCAGAAUGUCACACAUGUGGGAGGGGCCACACCAGGUUGUUUGCCUCCUAACCUGGAUGACCUGAAGGUGGCUGAACUGAAGCAUGAGCUCAAACUGCGGAGCUUGCCUGUAUCAGGCACCAAGAAUGACCUCAUCGAGCGGUUGAGGAACUACCAGGCUCAGCAGAACAGUCGGGGUGGUGGUAGUGCAACAACUACAACAGCAGGGGGUGCCACAGGGCCCUGGGCCGGAGCUUCCAAAACCAACCACCCAACACAACAACAACAAAAACAACUACUAAAACAGCAGCAACAACAACUUUCCCAACAGCAGGCCCUGUCGUCUGUGGUCCACCAAUCAGGAGAUGCAGGUGUGGUAACCUUGGCAACCUUCCCGUUCAUGACCACUGCUCCACAGCAGAUCAUGCACUUUGGCAGCACUAGCUCCUCCCCGCCAGUCUCUCCUGCCCCCUCGGACCGCUCGCUAGCUGGGAUGAGCCCAGACGAGCCGAGCUGUAAUGGAGACUCAUUUGGGGAGAUGGUAAGCUCUCCCCUCACCCAGCUAAGCCUCCAUCCCUCCCCACAGCACUGUGGCACUAUCAAAGAGGAGUUGAGUGGCUCGGCCCCAACAGCCUGCCAAUUCUCCAUGGCUGCUCUGCAGAAACGCCUGCAAGUAGCACCCCCGUCUGUGAACAAGGACCAGAUGCUGCAGGAGAAGGACAAGCAGAUCGAGGCGCUGACGUGCAUGCUAAGACAGAAACAGCGGCUGGUGGAGACCCUGCGCGUCCAGCUGGAACAAGGCAAGAGAGGGGGCCGGGAUGCCCCCCCAGAACCCCUGAGCCUUGUCAGGGUGAAGGAAGAGCCCCCAGACAUCCCCAGCAUCCCCUCCACAUUUUGCCCCAUUGCCUGCUCCCCGACACCUUCCCAGUGCCACAUGGAGGUCACCAAGAUGACCAUCAAGCAGGAGGUCGGGGAUGUGGAAGAGGCCGUAGAGCCGUCCUUGGAAGCCCCACCUCAGCAGGUGCAGCUGGAGAAGAUCCAGGCACAGCAGCUGGAGCAGCUGAAGGUGCAGCAGACACAGCAGAUCAACGCGCUGCAGCUGGCACAGCAGCAGGCCCUGCAGCAGCUGCUCCUACAGCAGAACCAGCAGAAUCUGCAGAAACACCGCUCACAGCAGAGGAAGAAGAAGUCCCACAAGCAACAACUCAAGCAGCAGCAACAGCUACUCUCCCAACAACAACAGCAGAUACAAUCAAAGAACCAACAGCUGUUACAGUCAAAGCAUCAACAUCAGCAGAUAUUGCAGGCACAACAACAACAGCAGCAGCUGAAGUCACAACAGGUGUCUCAGAUGUUCCUCAAUCAACAGUCGCGCUCCACCACUUCCUUCCCCUUGGAUCUCCUCAAGACACACUCCACACCUACCCUGGUGACUGACAGCAACGGCAACCAUUUCCUCAUCGCACUAACCAAUCACUGUGCCGAGAGCCACGGGAGUGAUAUGCCACAAGGCACUCCACAGGGCAAAGCAUCCAAUCGCAUCAUACUGCAGAGACUGCAGUCAACUCCCACCAAGCUGCCCAGUCAAUCCCCUCUUCAGUUGUCCAGCAGUGACACCCAAUCAAAACCGAAAACUCAACCAGGCCUCGUGAAACAGCCAACCAGAAAGGGACAGAAGGCGGGGCUGCAGAUGUCAACCAAUCACUCCCCAGGGGUCGCUCUCUCCUUCUCUGCCCCGCCCAAUCUCCAGCCUUUCUUCCCCAAUGAUGACUCCUCCCCUUCUGAAAAAGACACCUCCCCCUCUCCUCCAGCUCAAACGGAGGAUUUGAGUCCAGGUCUUGACCAUGAACCCCUGUUCAGCCCUCCUUCUCCCAAACAGACGCCCUCCCCUAACCCACCGGAUGACAAGGAUAAUGGAUCCACCCAGCAUAUGGACGACCUCUUCGACAUCCUGAUUCAGACAGGAGAAAUCUCAGCAACCUUCAAACCAGCGCCCGACCCUUCCCUGGCGCGAUUGCGCCCCAACACCCCUUCCCCUUCCCACUCUCAGGCCCCCUCCCCUCUCCAGCUGCAACUCCACUUCUCGCCCUCCACCCCACACGAACCCGAGACCCACCAGCCAGACCAAGGGGAGGAGGAGGAGCUGCAGGCGCCUGCCACCCAUCAUCAGGUUGUAAGCCACACUGGAAGUGGACGUCUGGAGGACUUCUUGGAGAGCACCACGGGCAAACCCCUCCUGGGGGUGGAGCCUGGCGGGCCCCUGACCCUGAUUGACGACCUUCACAAUCAAAUGCUAAGCACCCCCAGCAUCCUGGACCACACAUCCUCGCCCAUGGACACCUAUGAGCUGUCGGGCUACACGGCCAACCCCCCUGGCCUGGACUUCGGAGACCAUGCCCUGGACAGCAUGGAUUGGCUGGAUAUCACCAUGGGAGGAGCGAGCAACGAGAUUGCAGGGCUCGCCCCACUGGGUCCCUUGGGCCCCCACACUCCCCCUAGCGUCUUCUCAGCAGACUUUCUGGACAGUUCAGACCUGCAGCUCCACUGGGACGCCUGCUUAUAGCCCUGGACAGUCUUCGUGUCAUCCACACGGAUGGAUGCUGAUGUUACGUUGUCAAACUCUUUCUCUCUUUUCUCAACGUACGGUACAACGACUCAAAAACACACGGGCUCUACUGCACUCUGAACUCAGUCCCUCUUACUGAAUAACACUUUGAUAGAUUUCUUAUGUGCAAACCCUUACGUUCUAUAAGGCAGGCCCUCUUACACGCGUAGCUUAUACAGUAAUACCUUUGUUAACAAACCCUGCGGACUGUAGUUGAUGAUGCUCCUUCAUCUGAGCCAGUCAGCAGCUUACCGUAGCCACCCAUCUAGACUAUUGUCUACGUUUAUUAUUGCCCUUAGUGAUAUUAGUAAUAGUAUGGCGAUAUUGUAACAAUGUUGAACCAGUAAUGUGAGGACAAGACGAUAAUCACAUCUGUCUAGCAGCUUUAGGGGGGGGAAAAAAACACAACCUACUUAUUUUCAUGAGAACUUUAGAGGAGAUGAUCAGGGAAGCCAAGGUGACGGAGAAUCAAGUAGCUAUUUGUUAGCAUGAAUGCAUGCAGGUGUCAGACCGUGGCUCCAGUGUAGCAGUCUGGUGACCGCAUCUCUGACUGAGUAGGAUAACUGCAGGAGGGGCCCGGUACAGAGGAGAGACACACAGACAGUGACAUUUGACUAUGAUGUAUUUUUUUCCCAUAAUAUGGGAUGUAUUUUGGAAUAUAUUUGAAAAUGCCAGGAAACAUGAUUUUGUGUUUUAGAACACGUGGUCGUACCCUCUUAGCUUUAAUGAUAUCGCUAUAGAACAUUAUGACAGGCGUGAUAGGAUUUGAUAUAUUUGAUAAAAAUAAGAACCUGCUUUUUUGUAGCAGAGGUAUUGCUGCUACGUAGUGUACUUUAUCUCCCUUGGACGUAGGUUGAUUUUCAUAGACGCACAGAACUAUAUGUCAGCCAGUGCUGUGGCUAAAGUAAGUUAUGGUUAAGAGAUUGCAAAGAUGGGAAUGUUUGUUUCAUUUGAACCUAUAUAAGCAAUUAAGUAUGCAGAGAUGACUGUUUCGUGUGUACUGUAGUCCACUCCAUCAAUUAUAGUGAUGCCUACUGAACCAGGAGCUGCGUUGGUGAAUCACGAAUGCUGUGUUAUUAUUUUGGGUGCCCCUUAACAUCAUGACUGUAUUAUUAUUAAUAUGUACUGUAUCAGUACCUUUGCCAAACAAUUUUAUAAUAAUGUCCUCCCUAUAAAUUCUUGCUGUAAUAUACCAAUUUAGACACUGAAAAUGUAUUAUAAUGCAGUGUUUUUCCAUUUUAGGCAACGGAGCACUAUGAAGUACAUGGUUUACUGUGACAAAUUCUGUCAACAGUGUGAACUCUGUAUCCGGAGUUAGAAAACCAAUUUUGUAUUUUAUUGAACCUUAUAUUACUAGGCAAGUCAUUUAAGAACAAAUAGUUUCCCGGCCAAACCCGGACGACGCUGGGCCAAAUGUGUGCCGCCCUGUGGGACUCCCAAUCACGGCUGGAUGUGAUAGUCUGCAUUUGCACGGCCUCAGACUCGCACAACACUGCACCCACACAUGUGCACAUGCUCAAUUUUGAGCAUCGCUUGCUUGUUUGAAUGUAUUAUCCUUUUUAUGGUUUGUUGCAUAUCACCACAAACAUACAUUCAAGAUUUGCUUCUCUCUCACUUCUCCCGUUUGUGUGUUUGUGGUGGGGGCGGACAGGCAGUUUCUGUCCAGUAUAUCCUCCUCUUUGACGUUUUGCCCUUAUGGUGGCCUGACUGGUGCUGUUGAAUGGAAAACCCUCCAUGGUAGAGGGAUUGUAGACCAGUCAGCCCCGAUCUGCUGUAUUAGGGAUUCUGAAAUGCUCAAUUUUAUGUUGUCAACACUUGAGGGAUUUGGGGAUUGCUCUGGGGAGGGAAACUGGUUAAAUUUGAUAAAUUGUGGUUUACAGGGCCACAGCAUGGAAUGAGGGUUGGAGAUGAACUUUUUUUUUUUAAACGGAUACUGUGACGUCAUCAUUUAGCACCAGAAUCCCCCUAGAGCAGUUUUCUCCUACUGGUGGCCCGUGUCCCGAAUUUGGCUAGUGGGUGAUUUUAUUUGGCCCCCCACAUUUUCUGAGCAAAAUAAAAUACAAUAUUUAUUUUUUUUGGACAUAAAAGACUAAAAACACGAGCAAAUCUGCUUCGUUAUUUUAAUUUUGGAAGUCUGUUCCAAAGAAUUCCCGUGCAUAAGAGAUAUCCAGUAUGUGUUCAUAUACAAAUGUAUGCAAGGUUUGAAAUGAUUGCAUCUGUUUUGUCAUAUAUUUGUAAAUAUGUUCCAGUCCCCUGACCAUCUACUCAAUAAAAAAUUGGUCUGCAGCUGAA